CGUCAGUUUCUUUUAUAAAAAUGACUGCAUAAGUCACACAUCACACAUAUAUGGACAUUUUGGUGACCGGCGGAGAACCUUUGGCCAUUCAAAACAAAUGUUGUGUAAAAAGUAAUCAACAAAAUAUCCGAAAUUAUUUUGUGUGAAACCUCUAUUUCCCUUGCAAAAUGUGUGAUUCAAUCGACAUCAAAAACCUUAGCAUAGAGGACACGGCUACGCGACACAAAAAAGAGCGUAAGGAACUGCAAGCCAAAAUCCAGGCACUAAAAAAAUCCGCCGGAAAAGGAGAUAAGAAGAGGAAAAAGGAAGUGUUGGAAGAAAUAGCCAAAUUAGAGUUGGAACUGGAUCAACGGCAUGCCGACGAACUGACACAAUUGGAUCAAGCAACAAAAACAAUCGAGGUGGUUCUCGGUGAAACAGAACCGAAACCGGAUAAUGACGACGACCAAAGUACAAGAGUGUCAAAAGCGCAGAAACGCCGUGAUAAAAAGGCUAAAGAGGAGAAAGCAAAACAGGCGGAAAUUCUCGAACAGGAAGAGAUCAACAAAACGGGACCCCGCGCAACCGAACUGAAACUAAUCAAAACGAUUUUAAAAUCGCGCAAUCUGAUGCUGUAUCCAAUUCCUUCGGACGGUGACUGUCUGUACAAUGCAAUUAAACAUCAGUUAAUGGUCACGGGACGUACUCCAGUGUUGGAUACACCGAAAUUGAGGCAAAUUACAGCCGACUACAUUCAGGACAACAAACAAACUCUCAUAUUUUACAUGUCGAAUCCAGCCACCGGUGAUUGUUUAACGGAUGCUGAAUUUACGGAUUAUUGUGAGUCGAUCAAGAGGACAGCAACAUGGGGCGGCCAAAUCGAAAUUAAGGCCAUGUCGAAUGCUCUGAAGGUACCGAUCGAAGUUUUACAGUCGUCGGGUCCACCAACUAUACAAAACGAUGACCAUUUUCCGGGUCCUCCACUUGUGCUUACCUUUCAUCGAGUUAUGUACAGUUUGGGUGAGCACUACAAUUCAACGAAAUGUCUAGACGAUGACGGCUCAUCGGACGAAGAUGGGAAAACCGUUUGAUUUGCUCUAACCAUUCGAAUAAAUAAGAUUGAAAAUGAAUAAAAACAAAUUCUGAAAAUUUA